AUGACGGUAUAUGAAAGAAAACAGUUAGUGAAACAGAAUGGAGCCUGUUUCAAAUGCUUGCUUCGAGGGCAUCUCGUGGCGAAAUGUAGAAGAAAAGUGGGAUGCCUUAUAGAAAACUGUAAGGGAACACAUCACACCUUAUUGCACCAAGAAAACCCUAAAAAUCCUGCAAUAUCUACUCACAAUGUCGAGAGGAAAAGCAGCGAGACGUCAGGUGGUGAACAACUUGCAAGAAAUGAAGAGACACCAACGAAGGAAACCUUGUCGGUUACGUCGAACGCUAAUCGGAGUUGUCUAAAAAGGAAAAUUGUGGCCCUUCCUGUAAAGAAGAUCGAUAUCCUAAAUGGUUAUGGUCAACGAGUUACGAUAAAUUGCUUGGAUGACAGCGGGAGCCAGGUGACGUUGAUAACUCAUCGUCUGGUCGAAAGCCUUGGGUUGACAACGAGAAGAAGCAAUCGAUUGACACUCUCGGGGGUUGGGGAUCAAAACAUCAAACUCAAUUCUGAAGUUUCAUUUCUUAUACAAGCCAAAGACAAUGAACUGUCUAUCCCAAUGACCGCGUAUGCUAUUCCAAAAAUUAGCAAUUAUUCACCCCCCUUUGAUAUUGAAGAAAUCAAGCAAAAAUUUCCUUAUCUGCAAGACGUCGACGUGAUUGUGGACACAGAAAGCGUUGAUUUGUUAGUUGGUCAAGAUUAUCCUAUCCUUCUGAGGCAGUUGGAAACUCGUUAUGGAAAGCCUGAUGAACCUUACGCCGUACGAACUGUGUUAGGUUGGAGCAUCUGUGGACCUGUUGACGAAAGAGUCGGAGAAGAUCCAUCAACACAUCUCAUUUCAUCCUGUUCACCGACGACGACUUCAGUGGAUGAUUUCAAUCUCAAACGUUUCUGGGAGAUCGAACAAAUGCCAGUAAAAGAACCAUCCUUAUACACUAAUAAAGAGCAAAAGAUUCUUGAAGAAACGGAACGAACAAUUUGUCGGGUGAACGGGCGGUAUCAAGUCAAGCUUCCGUGGAAAGAUAGUACAAAGCAGAUUCCCGAUUCCUAUGAUGUAGCGUUACAGAGGCUAGAAUCAAUCGAACGAAGAAUGAGAAAACAACCGUCUCUAAAGGAAAAAUACGGCAAAGUUAUUGAAGAUUACGUGGCCGAUGGUUAUUUGGAAAAGUUACCCGAGAAGCCCUCUGAUACGGGUUGGUACCUUCCGCAUCACCCAGUUAUUUCCGAAGACAAGAAUACCAAGUUAAGGAUCGUAUUUGACCUUCCGCCAAAAAUGAUGGAAUCUCGCUCAACGAUUUGGUCGAAAAGGGACCGUGUUUAUUGAAUGACCUGACGGGCAUAUUAUUACGUUUCCGACGUUUCAAAAUCGGCAUCGCAGGAGAUAUCUCAAAGAUGUUCCAAGAGUUCUGCUUUUCCCUGACGACUGCAAGUAUCACAGAUUUCUUUGGCGAACGAACGAAGACCAAUUACCAGAUACUUACCAGUUUAAUUGUAUCAUCUUUGGAAAUCCCGCCUCGCCGUUUUUAGCGAGUUACGUCAUCAAGCGAAUUGUUAAAGACUAUGGAACAAACAAAGCAAAGGCCUGUGAAGCUCUAGACAAGGACCUCUAUAUGGGCGAUCUGAUUCACAGUUGCAAGACUAGUCUUGAUGCAAAGAAAACCGUAACCGACGUGUGCGAAAUGUUGGACGAGGGUGGAAUGAAGAUGCGUAAUUGGAUAUCCAAUCAACCGUGCGUUCUUGAAGGUGUUCCUGACCGUAUCAAGAAUGGCCCUCUUCCAUUAGAUCAAACCAACGAGAGAGUCCUUGGAAUGACGUGGGAUCCAUCCACCGAUCAAAUCCGAUUUUAUCCCGUCAUAGAAGAUAUAGUGUGGACUAAACGAGGAGUCCUAAGAAGGUUGGCGCAACUAUUUGACCCCAUGGGAUUGUUAGCAGCCUUUGUAGUUCGUGGUAAUAUCUUGAUGCAGGAGUUAUGGAGAAGAGGGAGAGCUUGGGACGAUCCACUUGAACUUGAUAUUAUGGGAUCCUGGUUGAUCUAG